AUGCUUUUAUUUUGAAAUAUUUUCGUGGGUAAUUACCGGAAACACCGUUUCACCCUAAAUACGACGCUCGGCCCUCGAGCUGUGGCGCAGGCCUUUUCAAGUAUGGCGAACGUUGUCGUUCCCUGCCUGUGCAGGUUUGGGUCAUUUUCUCUGAGGCCCAGUACUGCUGCUAUUAUCCAUAAGAAGUACGUUCACCAGAGAUCAAACACUGAGUUUGCAAACAGCCUGAUUCCGGUGAGAGAAAAAAGCAGUGCAGUAGCCCCCAAGUCUGCGGCCGCACCGAGCAGCAAAGGAGAGUAUGUCAUCGCCAAACUGGAUGACCUGGUGAACUGGGCGCGCAGGAGCUCCCUGUGGCCCAUGACGUUUGGCCUCGCCUGCUGCGCUGUGGAAAUGAUGCACAUGGCAGCACCUCGCUACGACAUGGACCGCUUCGGAGUGGUGUUCAGGGCCAGUCCCAGGCAGGCGGACGUCAUGAUAGUCGCUGGGACCCUGACAAAUAAGAUGGCCCCUGCACUUCGCAAGGUGUAUGACCAGAUGCCAGAACCUAGAUAUGUUAUUUCAAUGGGAAGCUGCGCUAAUGGUGGGGGCUAUUACCACUAUUCCUACGCUGUGGUGCGAGGUUGUGACCGUGUCGUGCCUGUAGACAUUUACGUUCCAGGCUGCCCCCCCACGGCGGAAGCUCUACUCUACGGCACUCUGCAGCUGCAGAAGAAGAUAAAGCGUGAGAAGAGGCUGAGGAUUUGGUAUCGCAAGUAAAGCCACCAUCUGCUUUUCCUGCUUUACACCUGUUCCUGGUUUGUAGUUUGUUUCCUGUAAAUCUGGCCGACAGGUGACUUUCUUUGUAGAUCCCGUAGAGGUGCUGCCUUUACCUGUAAUGGUAAUAAAUUAAUCUUGUACAUUG